GCUAAGAGAAAUCAUCAGUUUAUGUUUGGCCCUUGCAAAAACAUAAUAGAAUUCUUCCAUUUUCCCUGGGUGCAGUUGUGAAAGAUUCGUAAAAAAAAAUGUUCAAACUGUUGAUCAUCUGCUUGGCUUUGAUUGGCCUGAACGAAGCUUCUCUUUCCCAUCUGCAAUUGGUAGUACCCGAAGACUCAUAUGCCCUAUUGAGCAAUGGCAAGUUGAUGGCUUCAGCAAAUCGAGGCUCGGCUUCUCUCACUCUAUCAAAUGCCAUUUCCGAUGAAGAUCUAUCCAACAGUGCUGAAGAAAGCGAAGAAUCUGAAGAAGCUACACAGGCCCCCGCUCAAACACCAGAAGCUGCCACCGCGUCUCCUGCAACUGCUGCCUCAGCCGCACCUGCUGCGCUUAAUCGUGUGCGACCUGUAGCCUCUUUGGGAGCAUUCUCUUCGGCUGGCCUUGUAAGACCCUCGGUGUUUGUGUCAUCCUCUACCUCGGCGCAAGCUUCAGCUUCAUCUUCCGGUUACUCACCCUCUGCCUUGGCCAGAUCAACUGCUACCGUACAACAUCGCUUUCUGCCAGCUGAGUCGCUACCCCUGCCCAUCACCAUUACGCAGCGUCCUGGUUUGCGCACCGUUCUCGCUCCUGAGACCUACACCUAUCAACAGCCUGCCCUUGCCCAAGUGGGUGAAGUGGUACAGCAAAUUCCCACCGCUGUCUCCCAUCAACGCCAGACAGUGGUGCACAAACAUGCUCGCGUGGUCACGCCCGUUGUUGCACCUGCUGUACGCACUGUAACCUCGCAGGUGGUGCGCGCCUAUCACACACCUCUGGUCUAUUCGCCCCAUGUUUCCACCACUCACUAAAUUGAUGCGAUGAUAUGCCUGAGGCGUAAUAAAGCGAAACGAGACCAUGUUAAUGAUAAUGAUGGGGAAAAUGCAUUUUUUAAAUAUUUUUGGCUAUUGAAAUUUUGCACUUGAA